UUUACCUACGACCUCUGAAGAUACCAAAGAACCAACAGCAGAUAACCUAGUGAAAGAUGGGGUUAUCGAUUUUGAUUCUACUGAUUUGUUCGACCUUAUGGACUUCGUUGGUGGAGGUGCUCCAUUGAUAGUACCUGCAGAGACUCCCGUCGUGAAGGAGGAAAAGAGAGUCGAUAAGGCAGAGGUGACCCUUGAAUCAAAAGAGCAGGAUUCUCCUAUCAUGGAGGACGUUCAGGCAGCUCUCGAGAAGGAAUUACCGAAACCAGCUGUUACAUUUUCACCUCCUGAACGUUAUGCUUAUGCGAAACAGCUCGAUCCUGAAUCCUGCCAUGCGGAGUACAAGUCUUUGAAGCCGAAUAUGGCUAAAAAGUAUCCUUUCGAGCUGGACGCUUUCCAACAGGCUGCCGUUGUUUGCAUGGAGAAAGGAGAAUCAGUUUUUGUUGCCGCUCAUACUUCAGCUGGUAAAACGGUAGUGGCUGAGGCCAUUUACACCUCGCCGAUAAAGGCACUAUCAAAUCAGAAAUUUCGAGAUUUCAAGAUGAUGUUCACCGAUGUCGGUCUCGUUACUGGUGAUAUCCAAUUGUUCCCUGAAGCCUUCUGUCUCAUAAUGACCACGGAAAUUUUGAGAUCUAUGCUCUACAAUGGUUCUGAGGUUAUUCGCGAUUUGGAAUGGGUGGUGUUCGAUGAAGUUCACUACAUCAACAAUGCUGAGAGAGGGCAUGUGUGGGAAGAGGUGCUCAUAAUGCUACCAUCUCAUGUGAAGAUCGUAAUGCUCUCUGCUACCGUACCAAACUGUAUUGAGUUUGCGGCGGACUGGCGCGUAUUAAAAAUCGGAAAGAUCAAUGUAGUGUCGACUUCAAAACGUCCGGUUCCUUUGGAACAUUACCUCUAUACGGGACAGGACGGUAAAACGAAGAAAGAUCUGUUUAAAAUAGUUGAUAUGAACGGAAACUGGCAGGAAGUGGGAUAUAGGAAAGCAGCGGAUGCAAAGGCCAACAAGCGGGACGCGGCUUCUAACCAAGGCAGACCAGGUGGCUCUGAUCGCGGAGAUGGCUCUAAUCGAGGGCGCGGCGGACAAAGCUUCCGAAUCCAUCGCUGGUGUUUCAUGUGUGACGAUAACGCUCAACUGUUGAAUUCAAUGGAUCUAACGACAGAGGUGGAGAAAUCUCAUAUUCAGACGUUCUUCGCGCAAUGUAUUGGUCGUCUGAAAGGAUCCGACAAGAAGCUUCCUCAGAGCGUGCUGCUGCGUGGAUUUGCUGUUCACCACAGUGGAAUUCUACCAAUUCUCAAGGAAGUCGUAGAACUGCUAUUCCAGAAAGGAUAUGUUAAGAUUCUCUUUGCUACGGAAACCUUCGCCAUGGGUGUGAACAUGCCUGCACGAACUGUAAUGGCUGGUAGAGCAGGUCGACGUGGUCUUGACACUACAGGAACUGUCAUCGUUCUCUGCAAACAACCAAAAUUGGUUGAACCAGGCCAGCUGCAGUUGAUUAUGAUGGGUAAAGCAGCUCCACUUGUGUCACAAUUUCGUGUGACGUAUUCUAUGUUGCUGAACUUGUUACGAGUUGAACAUCUACGAGUUGAAGAUAUGUUGCAAAGAUCGUUUGUGGAAAGUGCGUCGCUUCGAGAAGGACCCAGGAGAAAGAGCAACCUUGAAAAGGCUCAACAACAGCUGUCUUCAUUGCCGAAAAUAGACUGCCAGAUGUGUGACCCAGGGGAAGCGACCGUAAGUCCAAUUCGACAAUAUCACGACGUCCUGGUGAACUUUAUAGAGAGAAAGUCCAGUCUAUGGUCACGACUAGCUUCCGAAUCGGCCAUGGACAAACGUCUCAAAUGUGGACGAGUUUUGUUGGUAUCCAGCGCUCACCAUAAUUUACAAAAUCAGCUGGUUUUAUUAGUAAAGGAGAAGGAAAAAGAGCCUUUCCAAGUGCUGGUGCCUUGUUGGGAGUCAGAAUCCAAUGUUGAUGAGCAGAAACGGAAAGCAGACGAUUUCCUGCGACUCCCUAAAGAGGAACAAGAAUGGUUGGAAGAAUCGUGCGUCCUUGAAGGCUUAACUCGAUGGGGUAUUGAAGCAGUUGCACCUCUGAGCGUUGACGGACAAAAUGGGCAGCGAUCAUUCCGCAUGGUGAACGAUUUGUCCCCCAGUUCUCUAUUGGGAGUCAGCAAGAAACUGCUCAAAGUAGAUGUAGCUGAUGUGCUGAACGAAGCGAAAACUAGAGAAAUACCUCGCCUAAGGUCGCGACCGAUUUCGCAGAACGUGAUGAAGAUCAUUCUGGAGAUGGACACAUUGAGCGAAGAGUACCGCAGUGCAGGGCCACAGCUUUUCGAUAUUGCUGAAGAUGUUGCGGUGUCUGAUAUCGAAUUGGCUGAAGACAGAAGGUGGUUUUUGCGUAUCAGAGAAGAGCUGAUGGAUCCAACACGGCAUGUUGUUCGUAACUGCAUGAGAUUCCAGAAACAUAUGAGCGCUCUACGUGAACGGGUUCGAAUUGAACGGCAGGUCACUAGGCUACAGUACGCUUUGUCCAUAGAUGCACUUCAAUUGAGUGAGGAAUACCAAAAAAGGAUUGAGGUUUUAAAAGCGCUGGAUUUUGUCGAUUCCACCGGCAUGGUCACGUUUAAAGGUCGUGUCGCGUGUGAAAUACAUCAUCAGGAACUGCUGAUCACAGAACUGAUCCUUUCAAAGAAGCUGCACGAAAGAUCUCCAGCUGAAGUUGCAGCAAUGUUCUCAGCAACCACCUGUCAGUACAAAGGUGGCGAUGGACCGCAGUUCGACAAGGACAGUAUCUUCCUUCAGGUAGGGAAGCUCUCCGUUCAUGUUAAGGGGCUUAAAAAAGAGCAUGGAUUGCAGCUCAAGGAAGAUGUACAGUCGACGAAUGACUGGAUUGAAGGACGUGCAGCGCUGGUGAAAGCUCGGAUAGCUGACGUUGGAGAUGAGCUGCGCUAUGACCUCAUGGAGGUCGUAUAUCACUGGGCCAGCGGAAUGCCUUUCUCCGAGAUCAUGGGGAUGACGGACGCUCAGGAAGGACUUAUAGUGCGAUGCAUCCAGCGGUUGGGUGAAGUGUGCAAGGAUGUGAGGUAA